ACAGCGAGAGAAAGAGCACGACGCGAGAAAGAGCUAGAACAGCGAGAAGAGCGAGACAGCGAGAAAGAGCUAGACAGCGAGGAAAGAAGCGAGACAGAGAAGACAGAGAGACAGGACAGAUUAGACAGCGCAGGCGAGAAAAGAGCGAGACAGAAGACAGAGAGACAGACAGAGUUAGACAGCGAGAAAGAAGCGAGACAGAGAGACAGAGAGACCAAGACAGGUUAG